AUGGAAAGCGCGAGGCUGUGCUACGCCUGCAGAAUGGUGUUUGGGCAGCUGGGGAGCCCUGAGCGCUGGGGGGAGCCCCGGGCCCUGGAAUUAAACCCCUGGGCAGCCUCCCACCUCCGCCUCCUCCCUGAGGCCGCCCAGCACCCCCGGGGCCGGGACAGGCUGAGUGCGGCUCUGACCCAGAGUCCGGUGGGAGGGCACCUCCUCCCCUCCCUGGCCCUGCCACCUGGCCGGGCAGGUUUUCAAUGUGCCCAUCUGUACGCCGGGGACAAAGAAUGCUUUGUCACCCCACCUACUUCUCACGGGUGUUAUGAAACCACUGUUUGCUCGGAAAACACUUUGAGCAACUUGGGGAAAGGUGCCCAUGGCUCCGGUGACGCUGCUGCACCCGAUCCAGGCCGGCCAGCCGUGCCAACUCGUCAUCCGGUCACCACCUCGCCCGCCCCGGGGAAGGGAGGUGCCAACCAGCCCACCAGCUGUGCUGUGGCCCCAGAUGAGGCCCACGGGGUGUGUGGGUUCCGGGGCUGGCUGACCCACAGAUUUCAGCAGAGGACCAGCUCCGCGGGCCCGGGCAGAGGCCACCGGGUGCCAGGAGAGCGAGAGACUUCCCUUCCGACCGGACACUGGACUCUGAGCUCCCCGCAGGCCCUGCUGCCCUGGCGGGCCGGGCGCGGCGCAGGCCGGGACCCACAGGCCGCGGGCACCGUAGACGCCGAAGCGGGGGAAUCUUCUGAAGAUGAGUCAGAAAAAAGUCCUCCAUUGUUAUGGAGGCAGAGGCGGCUCCCGAGGGCGCCUAUACCUUCGCUGUCGGCACCGACGGGGAAAUCGAGGGCCCAGCAACACGGUCUACACCGCCGCGGCCUUCCUGGCGCAGUCCCUCCAGCCGGGGCCUGGACCUCGCGCCGGAGCACGCGGCGUGGCACCUGCUGUCCCCUUCUCUGGUCGACAGUGUUUCAGGCCCUGGCAGGUGUGGCUCAGUGGACAGAGUGUUGGCCUGUGGACGGAAGGGUCUCGGGUUUGAUUCCGGUCAAGGGCACAUGCCCGGGUUGCGGGCUGGGUCCCUGGUAGGGGGCGUGCAGGAGGCAGCUGAUCAAUGACUCUCAUCAUGGAUGUUUUUCUCUCUCUCUCACUCCCUCUCUGAAAGCAAUAAAAAUGUUUAAAAAACAAAAACAAACAAAAAAAAACAGUGUUUCAGCUAAAACACUGGAGGGAGGCUUUUCCCUCCUCGUGAAAGGCUGGUCCUCCGCCCACAGCCCACGCGUCCUUAGUCACAGCGCCACGGAUGCCCCGAGUCCGACGAGAUCCCCCCUCACCCGGCAAUCCCCCCUCGGCCCCGUGCCCGGCAGGAGUGGUCAGAUAACCACGCCGACUCAUUUCAGCUGGACGUGGCCUCGCACCCGUGUCCGUGUCCGGCGUCGGCGAGUUCGGUGAACGCGCUUGUUUUAGGGGACCCGUUCCUGGGCCACUGUCCCUGGCAGCCCUCUCCUCCCUGGGGCGCGCGAGGCCCUGCCCCCCACUCCCCCCGAGGGAGCUGGAGGAAGGCCUGCCCUGCAGAGCCCUUCGCAGGGUCAGAACUCCUCCUCGGAUGAUAAACGCGCUCACUUGUCUUGUCUGCUCCCCACCCCCCGGAAGGCUGCGCUGUUUUGGAAAAAGGGGGGGGGGGGUGUGCGUGAGUGAGUUCAUUCCCCGAAUCUCCGAGCUCCCACUGAUCCCCAUUCGAAGGCCACACUCUGUUCCCGGGUCACACAAGCAAAUGCUUCUCUCUCCCCCUCUCCUCCUCCCUUCCUCU